AUGGGUGACUGGAGCGAUGACUUCCCCUCUCUCGAAGCGAGGAGUACCUUCCUGUAUAGCAUUUUCACCCCUCCAUAUAAUUUCUCCACGGAGUCGGUUCCGGAUGCGAAUUUACUUCAUCGAAAGUACGAAGAUGGGAUUUAUCCGGGCUGUGAGCAUGACAAUCAUAUGAGAUACCAGUCUGCUAUGAGCGAAAUACAACAACAAGAGAAAUGGAAGAAAAACAGCGGUACCAAUCAGCACCACGUCAUCCCCGCAGAAGCAAAAGGGGAUGAAUAG